AUGAGUCUGGCUUCGCAACUUCCUAAUAGAAUCUGUUUAAUGGAGGGUACAGGUAUCUGUUCUGGGAUUGACAAGGCUGUCGUGCCGUGGAGUGCCAUCGUACAAAGUCAGGAUGACUUUGUGGCCAGAAAGUAUCUUCCGGCGGAUGUAGACUUGAAGGAGCCUUCCAAGUUGCAAAAUUGGGAUACCACCGCCUUGCUCAAUUUCUGGUAUGCUCGGCAGGAGAUGGGUGAAGGUCCGACGUUCCUGUUCAAAGCAUGGAGGAAGAAAGAAGGCAACAUGGUAGAUUCCAUUGUAUCCAAGAAAUCACCUCCUUAUCAGAAGUGUAAGAGGGUGAUGAUCCGGAGACCUCAGGAUUUAUCAACCGAAUCCGAGAGUGAUGCUGAGGGCAAUGCUCAUCCGGACGACGAAGCUGAUGUUGAUUUGGCUGACAGUAGAUCCCUGCAAAAGAGAUCCAGAAGAGCUGCGGGUCCCGCAUCAGCACAUGAAGGAACCGCAGUCCCAUGUUCAAUUUCCAAGCAUCACCCUGUCAAGCCUGCAAAAUCUGGCACCCUCCUGACAUCACGAAUGGGCGACCUCCUGGCUGGCUUAAAUGCCGGAGACACCGGUGAUGUUGAAAAUGCAGUUCCACUGCUGGCCCCGAAGAGUGUCCAGGGGAAGAAAGAUGUGAUUGAGGCACCGGCAAGAACAACUCGGAGUCCGGGCAUCAAGUACCGAACACCAAAUACAGAGGCGAUUGACGAUCGGCGGGGCAACAUCUGGGGGGGGCUCCAGGCAUUGAGUAACACACACCGAGUUCCGGGCGAUCGAUGA